UGACUGAAGAACUUAAUCAUCACUAGAGAGGUGAUGCUCUCACACUCUGAGAGGUGAAUGACACCUAAGAGAAUGAAACGCUGGGCACGGAGCGGCGGAGAACUUGUUUCAGAGGGACUCAGCUAGCAGCGCCAAACUUCACCUUACCCUCUGAGUAAAUACUCAGUGGUUUUGAAGUUUACGGAACCUUCAGCGCCGAGUGCCAGACACCCAUUACUGCAUUACAGCACAUCACAUCUGGAGCAGCGAGCAGGUCUGACCUGGGCUACGUAAAACUCACUGUUUACGCCUGGCUAAAUACAACCACGGAGAAUCCUGUGCCCUCCCAUAUGGAAGAGGAUAAGCCGCCUAGCUGCUGGGUUGUUGCCGAGCCAGCUACCUUUUUAUAGUCAGCGAGCGCGCGCUGCUAGCGAGCUGCUAACAGUUGGGACAUCGCGUUUCUCUAGCUGGCAAACACCGACCCCGACCCCGACCCCCUCAGGAUGUGCAGGAGCUAGCUUAGCUGGAAAUGUGCCAAACGAAUGGACAUGCUUCACAAGUAGCCCUCUAGAAAAGCCCCUUUUUACAGUGCAGUUCUGGAUGAUUUAACUGGCUGUGUUGGAUCACGUCUGUUUGAGUGCCACUCGCAGCAACAGUGGUCCAGCGUGAUGGUGCCAUGGUGUUAGCAGUGUUCCUGUUUGGGAAUGAGAGAUGGUGUGGCUGUUCGCUUCUGACUGACUGAAUUGAUUGGGCUGACGAGCUACCAUGCUCCAUCAAACAGGUUUGAGGGAUGAACGCAGCUCCAGUUCUCUGGUGCCCCUGAGCUAGGGCCUGCUUGGUGGAUUCCACCUGACCCAGCGGUACGUUUGCUUCACUCCACACCCAACAUGCUGAUCAAAGAGUACCGCAUCCCCAUGCCAAUGAGCGUGGAGGAGUACCGCAUCGCCCAGCUCUACAUGAUCCAGAAAAAGAGCCGUGAGGAGAGUGAGGGUGAGGGCAGCGGCGUGGAGAUCCUGGAGAACCGGCCCUAUACGGACGGGCCUGGUGGCUCAGGCCAGUACACUCACAAAGUUUAUCACAUCGGCCAGCACAUUCCUAGCUGGUUCCGCUCCAUCCUGCCCAAAGCAGCUUUGCGGGUGGAGGAAGAGUCCUGGAAUGCCUAUCCUUACACUCGCACACGCUACACCUGUCCUUUUGUGGAGAAGUUUUCAAUCGACAUCGAGACGUAUUACAAGCCAGACACGGGGAGCCAGAAUGACGUCUUUAAUUUGUCCUCAGCAGAGAAAAGGCAGAGAGAUAUUGACCCUAUAGACAUCGUGAAAGAUUUCAUCGCCCCUCAUGAGUACCUGGCUGAGGAGGACCCUAAGCUGUACAAGUCAGUGAAGACCCAGCGGGGACCCCUAUCAGACGACUGGAUCGAGGAGAUCAACACCAGCCCUGGCAAGAUGCCCGUCAUGUGCGCCUAUAAGCUGUGCAAAGUGGAGUUCCGUUACUGGGGCAUGCAGUCCAAGAUCGAGCGCUUCAUUCAUGACGUGGGUCUUAGGAAAGUGAUGGUUCGCGCACACCGGCAGGCCUGGUGCUGGCAAGACGAGUGGUACGGCCUGACUAUGGAGGACAUCCGGCAGUUGGAGCUGGAGACCCAGGUGGCUCUGGCUAAGAAGAUGGCUCAGUUCAGCUGCAAUGAGGAGGGCGGUGAAAGCAACGGUGCUGCUGCUAGUCCAGAUAAAGAGCAGGAUGCCAAGGAGGCCAUUAGUGCCAUUGAGACCGAGGGUCCGGCCCGAAGCCUGGGGGACACACUGCAGACUCGAGGGGAACUGACCAAGCAGUGGUCCACCUCCUCCAGAUCUUCCAGGUCUUCAAAAAGAGGAGGAAGCCCCUCUCGCCACAGUAUUUCCGAAUGGCGCAUGCAAAGCAUUGCCCGCGACUCCGACGACAGCACGGACGAUGAGUUCUUCGAUGCUCAUGAGGACCUCUCGGACAGUGAGGAGAUAUUUUCCAAGGAGAUCACCAAAUGGAGCUCAAAUGACCUGAUGGACAAAAUUGAGACAGCGGAGGCAGAUGAAUCUCAGAGUGACUUGUAUCAGGAAUCUGGAGUUGAGUAUUCUGAGACUGGCAAUGUGGAGCGACUUAAUGAGAGACCAAGAUCAAAGUGCCGCUCCACUAGACGCAAGCGCCGGGUGUCCAGACAGCCAGCUGGCUGCUCUGCCCAACAGGGCCUGCAGACCUCCAAGAUCCAUGUGCUGCUCCUUGUCCUGCACGGAGGGAACAUCCUGGACACAGGGGGAGGAGACCAGAGCAGUAAGCAGGGUGAUGUGAAUACCAUCACCUCGGCGUUUGAGACAGUGAUGCGUGUCCACUACCCGGCAGCGUUAGGCCACAUCGCCAUCCGUCUGGUGCCGUGCCCCGCUGUGUGUGUGGAGGCUUUCUCCCUCGUGUCAAAUUUGAGUCCAUACAGCUAUGAUGAGGGCUGCCUCUCUAACAGCCAGGACCAUAUCCCUCUGGCUGCACUGCCCCUCUUGGCUACAUCUGCUCCCCAGUACCAGGAUGCUGUGGCAGCAGUGAUAGUUCGAGCCAAUCAGGUCUAUGGAGAUUUCAUCAAAUCAUUGGAAGGGGCCACAUUCUCUGGCCAGGUGUGUCUAAUAGGGGACUGUGUUGGAGGAAUCCUGGGGUUUGAUGCUCUCUGCAGCAGCAACAUCACUGUCUCAGAGAGCCAGAACAGCAGUAGGAGGGGGAGUAUAGUCAGCGUACAGGACAAUGACCUGCUUUCACCAGGCAUCAUCAUCAACAGCAGCCACUGCUCAGCCUCGGGGUCGGGCCUGUCUCUGGAAAGUAGCCGUCAUCUAAGCCGCAGCAACAUCGACAUCCCACGCUCCAGCGGCACUGAUGACCCCAAAAAGCAGCUUCCACGCAAGCGCAGCGACUCCUCCACCUACGAGCUAGACACAAUCAAGCAGCAUCAGGCUUUUCUGUCGAGUUUGCACUCGAGUGUACUGAGGAAUGAUCCUGGCUCUCGGAGGUCAAGUAACAGCACUAUGCUGGAAGGUGGUGGUGCCUUGGGCAAGUUUGAUUUUGAGGUGUCCGAUUUCUUCCUGUUCGGCUCUCCUCUCGGCCUUGUCCUGGCUCUGAGGAAAACAGUGGUUCCUUCUCUAGAUGUGGCUCACCUUCGUCCAGCCUGCCAGCAGGUGUAUAACCUGUUCCACCCUGCAGACCCAUCAGCCUCACGUCUGGAGCCCCUCUUGGAGAAGAAGUUCCACUUGCUGGCCCCCUUCAGUGUGCCCCGCUACCAGCGCUUCCCUCUGGGAGACGGACACUCAGCACUGCUGGUGGAGACCCUCCAGAGCAACCCUCACCUCCUGCUGGAGUGUGGAGGCAGCGCACCCCGCUGCCAUGAUGGCCUGGGAGAGACCUCCAUCCCCGUGCCCGUGCUCAACUGGCAGGCUGCGCCAGCCACACCUGAGUCGGACGUAAUCCACUCUCAUGGGGGGAUGUUCGUAGAGAACUCAUACCCUUCGUCUCCUGCCUCAGCCCCUGCAACCCGUGGACCCCGAAGAGCUAGUGAGGUCAGCAUCGCCAGCCAGGUCUCAGGACUGGCAGACAGCUACACUGCCUCCAACAUUGCCAACACACAAGCAUGCCAUCUUAAUCAGUACAAAAAGCUUAGCCUUUUGUCCCAACUGGCUCUCCCUUAUAACAAAAUGUGCUCGAGAAGCCCAUCCCCGAAAGUCCGCCACAGGUUGCUCAAUAUCAGAGCGGCAGAGUCAGAGGACGCAAGCUGCUCGGAUGACCUCGAGCGCAGCAGCAGCACUCAGGGGUUUGAACCUGCCCCUCCCUUCAGCUCCAGCCCUCCAUCACUGAGUAUGCAGCUGGACAUAGAGCAAGUUGCUGCUCGUUGGUGGGGCACCAAGCGCAUUGACUUUGCCCUGUACUGCCCAGACGCCUUGACUGCCUUUCCCACUGUGGCUCUACCUCACCUGUUUCAUGCAUCCUACUGGGAGUCCACUGACGUUGUGUCUUUUCUGCUCAGACAGGUAAUGAGGCAUGAGAAUUCUAGUAUUCUGGAGCUGGAUGGAAAGGAGGUGUCAGAGUUCACACCCUCUAAACCACGGGAGAAGUGGCUGAGGAAGAGAACGCACGUUAAGAUCAGGAAUGUCACAGCCAACCAUCGUGUGAAUGAUGCAGUCUUCACAGAGGACGGCAUGCAGGUGGUCACUGGCCGCUUCAUGUAUGGCCCACUAGAUAUGGUCACUCUAACAGGAGAAAAGGUCGAUAUCCAUAUAAUGACCCAGCCCCCUUCAGGUGAAUGGGUAUACUUUGACACAGAGCUGACCAAUAGCAGUGGCCGUGUCUCCUAUGUGAUCCCAGAGAGCAAGCGCCUGGGUAUCGGGGUGUACCCUGUCAAAAUGGUGGUCAGAGGUGACCACACAUCAGCAGACAGUUACCUAACCGUGCUGCCAUGUGGGACAGAGUUUGUUGUGUUCAGCAUCGAUGGCUCAUUUGCUGCUAGCGUAUCCAUCAUGGGCAGUGACCCUAAAGUGAGAGCAGGAGCAGUGGAUGUGGUCAGGCACUGGCAGGAUUUAGGCUACCUGAUCGUGUAUGUCACGGGCCGUCCAGACAUGCAGAAGCAGCGAGUGGUGGCCUGGCUCUCCCAACACAACUUUCCCCAUGGUAUUGUCUCCUUCUGUGAUGGCCUGGUGCAUGACCCUCUCAGACACAAAGCCAACUUCCUCAAAUCCCUCAUUUGUGAGGCACAUAUGAAAAUAUUUGCUGCAUAUGGCUCCACAAAGGAUAUUUCUGUGUACACUUCACUUGGCCUGCAUCCGUCUCAGAUCUACAUUGUUGGUAGAGCAACAAAGAAAAUGCAGCACCAGUGUCAGUUCAUCUCCGACGGUUAUGCGUCUCACCUGUCCCAGCUGGAGUACAGCCAGCGCUCACGACCUGCCAAGGCGGGCAGCACACGCAUGGUGCUGCGUAAGGGCAGCUUUGGCCUUGGUGGUGGUGGCGAUUUUCUGCGCAAACGCAACCACCUGCUGCGCACCAUCUCCUCCCAGCCAGCCCCCUCUGCCUCUGCAACACCCUCUGCCCAGACGGGUCGGCCCGAGAGAGCACAAAGCCAAUCAGAGUUUGACCGUGAUCGAGCAGAGCGUGCCCAGAGGAGCAUGAGCAUCGCAGCUGGCUGCUGGGGGCGAUCAGGGAGGCUGGAGGGAGGCGCACUGAGCCCCAAGUAGCCCUCCUUGACUCAAGUUAAGAACCAAUUGGAGCUUAGACUCUGCAGACCCUUGGACAAGAAGUGGGGAAUCAGGGUUGGGUGGGUUCAGAGGGAAGGGUGGAAUGAGAAAAAGAAAAAAGGGUAAGCCUUGUGAAAUGGGCUAAAAUGGGGACUCCAUAAGGAAUGGAACAGCUUUUCUAAUGUAGCAUGAGGUACUGGGGGAGGAGGUUUUGUUUCAUUGACAUCUCACAAAACAAGAUGUAUCAUGCCUUAAAGCAUCGUUCUGGGUCAUGGAACGCCAGCCCUUGCCUCUCCAUUUGAUUGAAUGUACUGUUUGCACCUACACUGGAUGGGGUAAAUGGGAGUAUGGACUUUUUCACAAUGAAUCCAUUCUUCAGGAAUGUUGCAAAGUUCUCCCAUCUUGGAGUCCACCAACAUUUUUCCAUCUGUAAAUAUGUGCCUCCCUCUCACAUGCUCAGGGCAGCCAUGGACAGAUGAGCCAGCCAUGGUCAAUCCCAGAAGCCACUUCUCUUAGCCACACUCUCCCCUCUUUGCCAGUUGCUAGCCCUUUUCCCCUUGCUAUUUGUCCUUUGUCCUCUCUCUCUCUCUCUCUCUCUCUCUCUCUCUCUCUCUCUCUCUCUCUCUCUCUCUCUCUCUCUCUCUCUCUCUCUCUCUCUCUCUCUCUCUCUCUCUCUCUCUCUCUCUCUCUCUCUCUCUCUCUCUCUCUGUCUCUCUCUCUCUCCCUUUCUCUCGCCCUACAGAGCUGUCCCUUCCUGGAGGUUCUUGUCAAAAGCCCUGCAGCGUUUGGCAAUAAGUACUGAAGUUGAAACCCCACCAUGUCGUAACUUAUGUUUAGCAUGGCCUACAGGUCAUCAGAGGCCUUAACUUCUCAACAAUGUAUUACCAUACAAGCAUUAAAGAGAGACAGAGUGAGCACUGCUCUCAAGCUAAAACCAAGACGGUGGCUUUUUAGUGACACUCAAUCUGUACUUGGCAACAAUCCCUUUAUCUGGCCAUCUGCUUGCAAUACCUCUUGGUCACCACUAGGGGGUGGUCACCACUCCUGUAAAUUCUUCAGGCAUGUUUCUGCGGGCUUUCCCAUCUCCCUGGUGCAGCAUGCCAUUACACAGCCAAGUAAAGAUCUUUCUGAGCCUCCACGCCACUUUCCUCUGAAUUCUUGUACUUCUUCCCCCUAGUCUGAUGCUUUUCUCAUCCUUCAGUCACGACCCUUCGGUCAAACAGAUCCAAGGUGAUAAGCAAAGCCGUUUAAAGAGCUGCCUGUGGACAUCGAGUCGAGGCCGAGACAACAAACGCAGGACAAAUCUUUUUUUUUUUUUUUCCCAGCCAGUUAAA